UGAUGUCAUGUUAAAAGCCUAUCUUCGGUAUAGUCGAUUUAUUUCAAGUCUAAAGACAGAGCUAUAAACAYUUAGACAUGAUUUCCGAGUUUCUUCAUAUGCUGUUUCAUGACCUACAACCAUUGASAUGGCAGUCUUUGAUCUUUGCUGUCAUAGCUGCCCUAGUUGCUUGGAUUGUUUAUGAAGUCAUCCAAGAAAAGCUUUCUCCSUUGAGCAAGAUUCCUUCUCCUCCUGGCCGCCUUCCUUUCUUUGGGCAUCUUUUUCCCUUGUGGAAAUAUGGUGGUCCAUAUUUUGCGUUUAGGGAAUGGGAAGGUCGAUACGGACCUAUUAUUGCGUAUAGACCUGCAUUUGGAAGUCGAAAUGAACGUGUUGUCGUUUUCGAUAAAGACCUCGUCAGGCAAGUCAUGGUAUCAGAAAGCCACAAAUACAAGAGACCAGAWUUCCUCAAAGUGAUUAUACCAGGAAUUGGUAAUGGUUUAUUUGCAUCAAGUGGUAAAGUGCAUGCAAAACAGCGGAAAAUGAUCAACCCUGCCUUCAGUUUAACGAAUUUGAAGACGUUUGUGCCCGCAUUCGUUGAGUCGGCGGCAGAACUAGUCGAGCUUUGGACUCGUAAAAUCCAGCAUUCAUCGACUGUUGACGUUAGUGACGAUAUCUGCCAUCUUACUCUUGAYAUCAUUGGYAAAACYUCGUUUGGYUUUGGCUUUAAUACAGUUUUGGGGAACGAUACGGMGGUUUCGAAAGCGUUCAACACGUUACUYAAUGGYGCAGAGUUCGGUUAUUUGCUUCGUGCUAGAAUGAUUCCAUUCUAUACAUAUUUGCCCUUGCCAGACAAUCUUAUCAUCAAGAGGUCUCUCUGUCUUGUAAACAAUACUGUUUUUAAGGUUAUUAAUGAAAGGCGCAUGCUCCGAGAGCAAGGUAAAGCAGCUGACCACAAGGACCUUCUUAACUUGUUGCUUGAAAUGUAUGAUGAAGAGACUGGUGCUGGUUUUGAUGACGAAGAACUGCGGGCUCAAGUCUUUACGUUCAUGCUGGCGGGACACGAAACAACAAGUACAUCACUGUCGUGGACGUUGUAUGAGUUGGCUAAAAAACCUGAAAUACAGGACAAAAUACGACAAGAAAUCAAGGAUGUUCUUAAACAUGGAGAGGAAUUGACCUGGACCAAGCUAGAUCAGCUUGAAUAUCUUGGUUGCGUCAUCAAAGAGUCUCUGCGUCUUCAUUCUCCUGCAUCUUUUAUCGGCAGGGACACCAAUCAGACCGUCCAUAUUGGUGGCUAUGAGAUACCAAAAAACACAUUUAUUGCACUUCCAAUCGAUGCUCUUCACUUGUCACCUGACCUUUGGGAAAAACCUUUGGACUUCAUUCCUGAAAGGUUUAUGAAAACAGAUGCUACUCCAAUGAACCAAUAUCCCUUUCUGCCUUUUUCGUUUGGUCCUCGUAUUUGUAUCGGUUACAAGUUCGCCAUGGCAGAGAUGAAGACCAUAGUACUCACUUUGAUGAAGAACUGCUCACCGCUGUUCCUGGAUUCAAAGUCAAAGGUUUUAUGAAGCUCACGACCAAGCCAGAUCCCAGUGUAAAAGUUCAAAUAUCUUCGUUGAACAACAGCAGCUGAACGUCUCUACCAUAUUCAAAACAGGCCAUUUUCUUCCUGGACUUCAAUGAACGUUUAUAAAAGAGAUUCAAAGUUUAGUUUUGUGAAUUUUUUUCAAAUGAUUGUUGUUAUUGUGAUUAUCCUUCCAAGAAAAGAUUUAGAUAACUUAGCUUCAUUCUUUCUUUCUUUAGUUUUCUUUUGAAAUAGUAGCUGGCAGGUUGUAUUAGCUAAAUGUUUUGAUGACAAGUUUGUAUAAAAAAUAUGAGUAGAUUUGAUCAAAACUUGUAGUGUAGAAAGCGUGUACGAAGCAACUUGGUGUUCAAAGUGAUAGAAUUAAAUUGUUUUAUUGGU